CUGGCGGACCGCGGCGACCCCGCCGCCGCCGCGGCGGCGGCUUCGCGCCUGGGCGACGAGGACGCGAAGGUACGCCAGGCAGCUGUCGCUGCGGUGGGAAAGCUCGCCGUGGGCUCGGACAAAGCCGCCGCCGCGCGGGUGGCCGCCCGCCUCCACGACAAGGACGAGGCCGUCCGGCGGGCCGCCGUGUUCGCGCUGGGCGAGUUGGCCGCGCAGGGCGACACGCAGGCCACCCAGGCGGCCGCCGCCGCGCUCCGGGCGCUGCUGCACGACGCGGAGCCGCACGUGCGGCUGCCGGCGGCGAUGGUGCUGAGGAGCCUCGCAGCCGAACGCCGAGCGGACGCCGCACCCCACGCAGAGGUCCGCAAGGCCGGACUGCCCUGCCCGGCCCCCUGA